AUGCCAGGGACACGAGUCUUGUCAAUAAUGAUUCCGGGGCUAGUGCUAUUCCUCUCGUUGGUUUCACCAAGCCUCGAGAGUGUAAUCGCUGAUAGUAAGUUCACGCAGGACAAUUCCGAGAAAAGGCGGUACGGGAAGGAUCCGGUUUCGGGACUCCAGAAGUUUUUGGCGCUAGUAUGCCUGAUCUGGUACGUAACAGUACUAGCGUUAGCAUACUCAGGAUGGAUAGAGAUUGUGCGGAAGUUCAGAGGCCCCCGAGGACUGGCCGAUGCCGGUGAUUCGCGUGAACCGGUAAGCAUCAUUCGCCCUUGCAAAGGCAUUGACACAGAAAUGGCUUCCUGCCUCGAAAGUAGUAUUCUGCAAGCGUACGCAACUGAUCGGUUUGAGGUUCUUUUUUGCGUUGAAAGUCCACAAGAUCCUUGUAUUCCAGUGAUAAAAGGACUGCUAGAAAAGUACCCAGACUACGAUUUGAAGCUGUUGGUCGGUAUAAACGGGUCAGAGGAUCACUACGGCCCUAAUCCCAAGAUCAACAAUCUUUCGAAAGCGUAUCGGCACGCGAAAUAUGAUAUAAUCUGGGUUUUGGACUCUAAUGUCUGGUGUUCUCCCGGGACUCUGAGCCGGAGUGUUGCAAGUCUCACGAAGUCUCUCGACAAUGGAACCAAAACUAGGAAUCGUCCCGUAGUACUAACGCACCAUGUUCCGCUGGCGAUAAGUGUCGCACAAAGUCCCUUGAGCCUUCCAUUAAGCGCGCGGUUGGACGAAAUGUUCAUGUUUAGCUCGCACGCCAAAUUUUACGUUGGGUUCAACAAGGUUUCCAUCGCGCCUUGCGUAAAUGGCAAAAGCAAUCUUUACCGCCGUUCUGAUCUCGAUAAAGCGGUUGAGUAUGUGGGGCAGGCUACGAGGCGGACAGAUCUAUUUCGCGAUCCUCAAAUCCAACAAGAUGCGCGGAUGAUAGCUCUCAAAAACAAAGCAUCUCAAGAUGAUCAUCAUUUGCCCUUUACAGAGUAUGUUGUUGUUGCGAACAAGUUACAAUCCAGGGACGUUCCUGCUGAGGAGCAACAACAUCAUCAUGGUAUCGAAUUCUUCAGCACAUACAUUGGAGAGGACAAUAUGAUUGGUACUGCUCUCUGGGACAUGCUUGGAGGGCGCACGGGAAUGACCAUGGACGCGGUUGUUCAGCCUCUCAGGUUUGGAGCUAAAGAUGAAGGACUCCGAAACUUCAUCAAUCGACGGGUGCGGUGGCUGCGUGUUCGCAAGUACAUGGUGCUGGCUGCAACAUUGUUGGAGCCAACCACUGAAAGCAUAGUAAUUGGCUUCAUGGGCGCAUUUUGGGCCUCGCGGCUUUUGCAUUUGAGAUUUCGUCUCUUUUUCUGCAUGCAUCUUUUGAUUUGGUGUCUGACCGAUUGGAUUCAGUACUGUAUACUAUCGAAAGUCGUGUUUAUGGAUGAUCAGAUCCGUGAGCUACCCGCUUUUUUGUCGCAGGCGGGACGUCGUCGCAGCUUUUGGGAUUGGCUCCGCAUCUGGGUUUUGCGUGAAAUUUUAGCGCUUCCUAUUUGGAUAAAGGCCAUGUGUGGCUCAGUGAUCGAUUGGAGAAACAAGCCAUUUCGGAUAAAGCCUGAUCUAACCGCAGAAGAGCUUCAGUGA